UUCGUAAUAACACCCGGCGUACCUUAGGCAGGCACUGCGUCACACACUUCAUUUGUGGCGUCUACUUAAGCUCAAUAAGUUUUGUUCGUUGAUAUAUAAAUUCUCUGUCCGACAUUAGUUAUUGUUGGGAAAGAAGAAGACAAACACUGGGAGCCUUUUCCUCUCCAUUUCAUGGGCUGACUCCCGCUAACACCGCCUGUCCGAAUUCAGUGGGGCGUCCUGACGUCAAUAUCGAGUGCAGUCUAGGAAGAGGGCUGUUAUUUACUUCGUGCCUCCUUCAGUAAUUUGACAGGUACAAUACCUUUACUCGUUCACUCUGUUGUAUUUAAUAACACUAACUAGCAGUGAGGUUUGAAUGGAUGACGGACGAGGCCCUGUUUGAAUUUCUCCACUUGGAGAUCGUGUCCCAUGUUUACAAGGAGCAGCAAGCCAGUAAUGGAGGGAUGGACAACAAGGACAGAGCUGUCUGCGUCUCUGUCCUCGAAGGCAUGGGCUUCAGGGUGGGACAAGGACUCAUUGAGAGGUUGACCAGAGACUCUCCCAGCUUCAAGGAUGAGCUGGAUAUAAUGAAGUUCAUCUGUAAAGACUUCUGGACAAAGGUGUUCAGGAGGCAGAUUGACAACCUCCGAACAAACCAUCAGGGUACCUAUGUUCUACAGGACAACAAGUUUGCUCUUCUGACUCAGUUCUCCAAUGGAAAACAGUAUCUGGAUCAGGCUCCUAAGUAUCUCGCUUUUUCGUGUGGCAUGGUGAGAGGAGCUCUGUCUAACAUUGGUCUGGACAGUGUGGUGACAGCUGAGGUCUCUGUCAUGCCGUCCUGUAAGUUCCAGGUGGUGAUCCAGAAGUUGUGACCUGAUCCUCUUUGCCACCGUGGUGCAGAUGAACAGGCCCCUGUGGGGUUCUGUUAAUCCUAAAGAGGGAUAGCUGUUCGUGUCCUCCCACCGAGCAGGCCAACCACAGAGGGAAUCAAACACCGCCCUGGUUUACACAGCUGGGGACGAGCCAGGGUUUUGCUGAUAACCUGUUACCCCUGACAGAGCAAACAGCAUCGGCCAGAGCUUAUCUCUUACUUGUGGUUGUCUGAUAAAUAUUUGUUUUAUUCCUUUUGCUUCUUGUUUUCGAUGAAUGGUUGCUUUCCACUCCAACUAAAUAUUCACCUGUUAAAAAAAACAACUCAGUGUUUUUAAUGUGAAUGUAUUGUUCAUGAAAAGGUAACUUAAUACUCUGUAAUAUGUUGCAAUGUUGAUCUGAUAAAUAAUUGGAAAUAAAAAAUAAAAAAAAGAAGGAUAAGACAGAGAUCUAGAUGAUACAUGCAUAUUAUCAACUGCCAGACCCUUUUUAUUUAGCAUCCAUCCAAAUAAAAGCUACUGAGCAUUUGAAAAUGAUUUCACCUGACACAUCAGAUUUCUUAUUCAGCUCUUGUUUCGCUGUAACAGCACCUGGUGCUUUGUUCUGCCUUGUAGCAGAUUCUUGGCAGUUAUUUAAACUUCAGCUCAGUUAUGUUAUAUAAUUAGAUGUGAUAACAAUUUCUAGACCCGGCUUUUGUAUAAACAAAACUGGAAUGACCGCUGCUUAGUAAGCAUCACUCUCGUCCUCUGUAGUGUUUUCUAAAGCCGACCACUCAAACUGGGUCUGGAGGUUUUUAUUUUGUACCCAGGUGUACAUGUUUUGUCUUUUGUACGGUAUUGAUAUGUAAACAUAUUGUCAUGUUUUUUUCUUUUUUCAACACCUAAAAGAGCAAGACUAUGUGAUGUUUUAUUUAUUUUAUUUCUCGCAUCUAAACAUUUUUGGCCGAAUAAUGUUGAGACGAGAAUACUACAACAACGAGGUCUGUCAAACAAGCAGAGACAACUCGAUGAACACAACAAUAAAGAAACUCACCUCUGGUUGAAGUAGUUGCCUCUUUGUGCCACUAGAGGGACACAUCAAGCUGUAGUUUGAUCUUUCUGAUGUUCUCUGUGUUUGUGUGGGAGAAAGAAGAACCCAUGUUUGAACAAACUUGCUAAACUUCCAUAAAAACACCCCCAGAAACUUAGCAUCACAGUUUAUUACAUUAAAUCUUCAAAUAUUUGUCACUGAUAUAAUAAAUCUGAUAACACAA